CUCCUCCUCCUUCUUCCCCCCUCGCGACUGCUCCGGCCUCGUCUUCGUCUCUCCCCCCCCCUUCAUCCUCAGGCCAGGCAGGGCGCGUUGACGACCGUGAGGAGGACUGCGCGCACGGACGGACGGCGCCCCCGAACGUGCCCGCCCGAGCGACUUCUCGGCGGGGCUCCCUUCCGUCGUCGUCUCUUCUCGCUCGCUCGCGCUUCUCUCGCUCUUCCAUCCCCGUCGUUGCGGUGGUUGCCGCGGCCGCCGCCCUCGGUCCUCCGCGGCGGGGGUCUCGGCCGAGGCGAGCGGCCUCCUCGGCCUCCCCUCGCUCGCCCCUUCUGCCCGUCGCCCGGCCGGGGAAGGCGAGAGGCGCCGGGAGAAGGUCGGCCGCGGCCGGGCGGGGGUCGCCCGGGGGCGCCUGAGGAGAAGAAGGAGGAGGAGCCGCCGCCGCCCAGGAAGGUUUUUAAGCUUCUAAGGAGUGUCAGAGCUGCACCCCUUUAGCGUGGGAAGAUGAGUGAACUUGAUCAGUUACGCCAGGAGGCUGAGCAACUAAAAAACCAAAUCAGAGAUGCUAGGAAAGCGUGUGCCGACGCUACCUUGGCCCAGAUCACAGCCAACAUUGAUCCUGUGGGUCGUAUUCAGAUGCGCACUAGAAGAACUCUGCGGGGACACUUGGCCAAAAUUUACGCAAUGCACUGGGGAACCGAUUCCAGGCUUCUAGUUAGUGCAUCACAAGAUGGAAAAUUGAUCAUCUGGGACAGCUACACCACAAACAAGGUCCACGCCAUCCCUUUGCGUUCCUCUUGGGUCAUGACCUGUGCGUACGCCCCUUCCGGAAACUACGUGGCCUGCGGUGGUCUCGAUAACAUUUGUUCCAUUUACAACUUGAAAACGCGCGAAGGCAACGUCCGAGUAAGCCGCGAGCUGGCCGGCCACACAGGCUAUUUGUCCUGUUGCCGGUUUGUGGAUGAUAAUCAGAUUGUGACCAGCUCUGGAGACACCACUUGCGCCCUGUGGGACAUAGAAACCGGACAGCAAACCACCACCUUCACCGGCCACACCGGAGAUGUUAUGAGCUUAUCCCUCGCUCCGGAUUCCAAGUGUUUCGUGUCUGGUGCCUGCGAUGCCUCAGCCAAGCUGUGGGAUGUCCGAGAAGGGAUGUGCAGGCAGACUUUCACCGGCCAUGAAUCCGACAUCAAUGCCAUUUGUUUCUUCCCCAACGGCAACGCUUUCGCCACCGGCUCCGAUGAUGCCACGUGCCGGCUGUUUGAUCUCCGUGCUGACCAAGAGCUCAUGGUUUAUUCCCACGACAACAUCAUCUGUGGCAUCACCUCCGUAGCGUUCUCCAAGAGCGGCCGUCUCCUGCUCGCCGGUUACGACGACUUCAACUGCAACGUGUGGGACACGCUCAAAGCGGACAGAGCAGGUGUCUUAGCCGGCCACGAUAACCGUGUCAGUUGCUUAGGAGUGACUGACGAUGGCAUGGCGGUGGCAACAGGAUCGUGGGACAGCUUCCUCAAGAUCUGGAACUGAGGCCUGACAGUCCGUGAACUCCCCACUGAUCGGAAGAAUUUUUUCCCCCAACGGUUGAAAGUUUAAAAUAAUGUAUCCAACUCAAUAUACUAACUUGGAUCUCCCCCCCCCCGCCUCUCUCUUUCCCCUACCCCCUUCCUCCCCCACCACCAAAGGCAAGAUCUUUUUCACGUCUCUCUCGUUCGGCCGAAGCAAAAGAGCACAAUUCUCUCUCAGAGAGCACCCCGCGGUUGUUACACACCAAGUGAAUAGCAAAAGAGAUCAAAAUUGUGCAUUCCAUUGGGGACCACGUUUUUAUUUUACUUUAUUUUUUUAGUUCGGUUUGUCUAGAGAGAAACAAACAAACAAACAAACAAACUUAAAAAGAAAUCACACGCUCGUGUAAGCAUGCCGGGGCAAAACUUAAAGCGAACUAAACGAUGAUAGAUAAAUAAGGAAAACAAAACAAGCUUGUGAAGCAAGAUAAACCUUUUACGUUUCACUGUAGUUUAAAAAAGAAUGGCAAAUCGUAUUGACUUUAUGGGUUACGGUGGGAAGGCUUCGUGUUAAUCUUUUCAAAACUUAGAAGCCGCGUUCGUAGCAAGAUGGAUAUAUCCCCGUUUUGUUUUGGGGUUUUUUUUUGGUCCAUGUUUCCAUUUCCUUUCCCCCUUUUGUUCAAUUUUAUUUUUUUUUUCCUUUUUUUUAAAAAACAAAACAAAAAUGCAGUUGGCUUUUUAUGGUCCAACUUUGAGCCAAGAGAAUGGAGUCCCAAACCAGAUUUUUUUUUUCUGGGCUUGUUAAUGCUGUAAAUUUAUUCCCUGGGUUUUCUUUUAUUUUUCUUUUGCUUCUUUUUAAAAAAUUUUUUUCCUGUCUUAAUGUCACAAAUUGUUGCACAAAUAUUGCAUAUAUAUGAUAAUGUUAAGAAGAUAACCAAGCACACUCUGUACAUGGUAUUGAAUGUUUUUUUAAAAACAAACAACUUUUCACUUCUAUGGGUAACAAAAAAAAAAUUAUGUUCCCUCUUUCUAUUUUUCCUAGCCCCAAUCUCGCCUCGCUGGGCAUUUUUCAUUUCCUACCUGUUUUGUUUGAUUUAUUAACGCCGAAGACCAUCCCAUAAUCUCAAUAAACAACUGGAUUUGGUGGACUGGGGUUUCAGGAGCAGGGCUGGGAGGGAAAAAAAAAAAAACAACCAACCAACCAAUGGAACCCUUGGCUAGGUCUGAAGCAAGAUCCAAAUUGAUUUAUUAUUUUUUUAAUGAAAAACACGACCUGAGAUUUUUUUUCUAAAUUAAACAAUUAUGAUGGAAAGGGGGGGGGGAGAAGCGUUUGGGAUUUGCCAAUUGGGGCUGGAUUACUCUUAGAAUCGCAUGCUGUAGAAACGCUGAAGUGCAUAAUAAAACUAAGACGUCCUUCUCUUGUUUUUUUUUUUUUUUUUUUCGAGAAAUAACCUAAUCCUUUUUUUUUCUUUUCUUUUUUUUUUAAAAAAAAAGAGAAAGCAAGCAAGCAGCUUGUAACCAUUGCUGAUAUUCUUUACUGCCGCUACUGGGAUGCAUAAAACGGAAUCAACCGAAGAAUGAAAAGUCUCCAGACUUUUGCACAUCUGGAAAUAGGGUGAUACUCGUUAUUUUUAAUACGUUUUUUCCCCUAUUCCUUCUCUCUCCCCCCCCCAAAAAAAACAUUGAAAGCAAUGUUUGAACACUCAACACUCAAUUAAGCCCUUUUUCUGGCUUUGCAUUUUGAAAGUUGACAAGCCUUGGGGACAGCAAAUGGUUUGGAUAAACUUUUCAAUUCUUCCUCUCCUCCUAACCUGCCUCCCCCCCUUUUUUUUGCAGCAGCAGCAGUGAUUUUUAAAUCCAUUUCCUUUUCACUCUCUUGCGUUUCCCCCCCCCCCCCGCGACAUUCUGUACAAAAUGUGCUGUAAUCGUGCAUUUUUAUUAUUAUUAUUAUUAUUUUUUAGGCCUGGAUUUGGCAUCUUGAAUUUUGGGAUAUUUUUUUUUUGAUUUUUUUAAUCACCCUCUUUCCUCUUCCCUCGCCCUUCCCCCCCACCCUCCCCUUGAGAUAAGUCUCUGUAGAGCUUCCUCUGCACCCUCUGUAUCCUUCACUUUUUUUGUAUUUAAUUUUAAAAGUCGGUGUACUUCAAGAAAGCUGGAUGCCAGAUAGAUCCUAUAUUAAAAUGUACUGUUAUUUAAGAUGUAAUAAAGCAGUUUGACAUGAA